AGUACAAAUGACCUUCCUCUGAUCAUGUGUACAAUCUUUUGAUCAUGCGCAAAAAGGAACUACGAACUGGCUGGAGGGCUUUUCAUUUUUGGUCACAUGUUUCAGAAAUAGCUUGAACGAGAGUAUCUAGGUGUGAAUCGAAUCUACUCUCUGCUGCAUUCAAAGUGUAAUACGCAGCUCGCUCAAAGUUGUUGGUGUACGUCUACGCGGUUGCAUAAAAAAUCAGGAAUGGAGCAAUCCCUUCGUUACAAUACCCAUAUCACUAACUGGAAGUGGGGUUACGCUAUCUUACUCGCCAAGUUCGUGCUGAAUAUAUGGUGUGGAAUCCCCAAAUCCUUCGGUGUUCUCCUUCCUGAGAUGGUUGAUAGAUUCAGCGCGAAUUACGCCACUUUAGGACUCAUCUGUAGUAUUCCCAAUACAAUCACGCUAUUUUUAGGUCCCUUUACUUCCUUGUUGAUAGAGAGGGUCAAUCAUCGUGUUGCUGCUAUGUCAGGAGCGGUAAUAAUAGCAGUGUGUCUAAUAUCAUGUGGCUUCACUUACAGCAUCACUGUUUUCGGUAUCCUCCUUGGACUUACAGGUGUAAGAUCCUUUGUAUAUUUACCAAUUACGAUCCAGUUGAACGAAUAUUUCAAGGAGAACUUUGUUUUGGCCAAUACCCUAGCAUCAUUCGGUGUAACAACGGGGAUAAUGUUCUUACCUAUCAUUACUGAACGAUCGCUGGAAGCUUACGGUUAUCAGGGAGUGUUUCUGAUACUUGGGGGAAUCAUGCUUCAUUUGGUUGCAGCGGCAGCCACCAUUCGGAAACCGAUAUACAAUACUAGAGACCAUAUUACUGAGCAGGCUUCUUCUGAUAAAGAUACAUCUAAGGUUUGCUGUCAUGAACUUUGUGCCGGUGAGGAAUGCAGCCUAAAGAUUGAAGGAAGUAAACAAGAUAAAAGGACGACAGGUGAAUCAAGAAAGAAUGGAACUGAGGUUGAUGAACGUGAAGGAUUAAUAUCAUAUGACGAUGAAGAUAUUCACCGAAAUGAGCAGCAACAUAGUGGAAGCGCUCCUGACAUGCCUGAAGAGCAGCGUGGCACGUUGACAACUGAUGAUCAUCAGGACCAUGGCGGUGGUUUUCAGAAUACAUACUGCUCGCUAUUAAUAUCACGCUGUAAACUCUUCGUGACCAAUGAAUCCCUUUUCUUGUUAUGCAUCCCGUCGUAUUUCUUUUAUGUUUAUGCUUUCGACGCUUGGGUAUUGUUCCUGGUGCCUCACGCAGAAGACCUCGGAAUCAGUUCAUCCAAGGCCGUUUUUCUGUCUUCAGUUGGUGGUGUCGGCGGGUUAAUUGGCAAAUUGAUUGCAAUGGUUUUACUAGUUACGAAAAUCGACAUGAUCAAAAUUUAUAUCAUAGUCGGUUUUACAACCAGUUUGACAUUUUUCUUGGAUUUUAUCGGUAAAUUGUUCCUCGUUCGUUCCGUCUUGGCCUUUAUUCAGGGAGUCUGCUUUUUCAUACAGGACACGUCCGGUGCAACUUAUCUGAAAUUCGUUUUGAGAGAUGAAAGCAACUUCGGUUUCGCCCUUGGGCUGAUACUGCUUACCCAUGGUUUUGGCAGUAUCUUUUCCGGAUUUAUCACAGGCACCUUACUGGACUUAACACAGUCUUACACCAAAGUCUUCAUGAUAACUGGAAUCAGUAGUGCAUGUUUCACCGUCAACGUAACAGUAAUAUUUCUACUCUUAAAAAGGAGAUCGGAUACAGAGCCAGCUUUUAAAAAAUCUGCGUAAUUCUUCCAAGGAUAAAUGCACCUGGGGCUGUUCCUCUGCUUACAGAAGUUCCCCUUUAAUCUGACUCAAUUAAUUUCCUACAUCUACAUCUUCCAGGAAAGAUUAUCUCAUUUCCUCAGGACAGAAUUGAGCACAUGAUCUUUUCGAGUGUUGUCUGCCAGUAGCCUAUUAUUCCUACUAUUUAAGUCAAGUUUCAUUUUAUUUCUCCUCAAGAGAUCAAGAUAAAAUACAUAAAAAAAUAGACAAUGUAAAUACAAUGAACAUCAAAUUUAAAGAAAGUGAAGAAGGUAAUUACCAAAAAGGAAGAAACCUUGUGUGAGGCCAACCCAUAACAAAAAAUGUACUUAAAGUUAAAGAAAUAUAAAAAACAUCAUAUAAUCACAAAUUCAAUGAGAAAAAAAAAAAAAAAAAAAACAUAACAAACAAACAAACACCUAACUAAACCUUAACCGAAUGAGAAUGGGGGGGGGGGAGAACCAAAAAUAAAUCUAAGACUUAGACAAUAAAAAUGUUUUGUAUUUCCUUUUAAAAACAAAUACCGAAGGGCUUGAUUGAAUGUCAGAAGGAAUUGAGUUCCAAAUAACUGGUCCUUGAUAAAAUAUGCUGUUUUUUAAGAUGGAAGUACUGCACUGUGGAAUAUGGAUAUUUUGGGCAUUUCUUGUUGAAUAAGUGUGUACAGAUGUGUUUAAUAAAAAAUAAUUCUUAAGUGAAUUUGGCAAGAGAU